AAACAACCACGAUGAAGAAACAAAGAAAAUGUCAGAAGUUAUUGUGCUUUACGCCUUAACAUUUUCUUUUUUUGGUCAAAAAGGGCUUUUUAUUUCGACUUAGAAGGAUAAAAUGAACAAAGAUUUAAGAAAAUAUCCUAUUCUAUACAACGAAGACAAAAAUCGAACAGAUAUUCACGCUGAAUUGAAGAAAAUUAUUUGAAUCAAUUAAAUCAUCAAUCAUUACAAUUUUAUUUUACGAAAUUCAUAAAGAAGUGGUGUUUCAGUGAUCUCCGUUAUUUUGUAAAAGAAGAUUUGACUUCCUGAAUGAACUUUGUAAUUCUCAGUUGGACCAUAUUGAAAAUGCUCUACCAUUUGUUGUGGUGUUCAAUCAGUUUGUUUUCUUUUGUUUUUAAUGUUUUUUGGUUUGUUUGUAACGUUGCUUCGGCUGGUAUACCAUGGUUCACGCUAAUGCUGCUUAUUGUAUGUGUUGCAUCUAAAUUUGUUAAAUUGCGCAGCCCAAGUGCAAAAAGAUUAAUGAACUUUUUUGAAACCGGCGACGUUGCUACGGUCGACAAUCUUGCUUAUUGGCCAAUCGCAAAUCGCGCAGCUAGCUAUGACGCACCAGCUAAUUCAAAAGCUGCUAUCAAAAAGUGUAUUACACGUGGUUAUCGCAACGUUAUGCUAGAUGCCGGCUUAACAGCUUGCGGUGAAAUCGUUAUUGUAAAUCGAUCGACACUCGAACGAGCCGGACUUACGGGUGCUAUAUCACAACAUGCACUUGAAGAAUUACGAAGAGUCAAUAUUACAUCAGUACAUCCUUUAAGUUCAAAAUUCGAUGCCGAAUACGUUUAUACAUUAAGUGAAUUAAUGGAAUUUUUGGAAAAUAAUCGAUUAAUCAUAUUUUUACGUAUAUCUGACCAUAGCUCACACAUGAUCGAAAAACUUAAAGCUUUUAUUAAAAAAAACGCACAAUUUUUGAAUCAAAUAAUACUUAUUAGCUCAUCACCUUAUGCUAUAUAUCAGCUACGAAAAACUGAAACAGACUUAGUGUGUGGGCUUUGGACUGAAAAAUUUCUGGCAUUGCCUAUUCUCAAAGCUUCAACACUUGCCACUUCAAUUUAUGGUGCUAUAUAUCGUAAUAUUAUUGCGCCUGUAGUUGGCGUAAGUGUUGUCUUCGUCAAUAAAGAAGAAUUUAAUUUACAUAUAGCAGAACUAUGGCGAAAUGUAGGAGUACGGCCAAUAGUUUAUAAUAUUAAUUCACCAAAUGAAAAGCGUUACUUUCAAAAAACGAUGAAAACACAAUAUCUGACUGAUUCCCUUCGCUCAGAACCGCACUUACUUAUGAAAGCUUAAGUAGUAACUCUAAAACAACAUAGUUUAUAGUUAUUAAAACCAAAUAAAUAAUAAUAUUUAAGUACA